UUUUUGGUCAAAUUGCAACAAACUCCUGUUAAACGUCUGCUUGAUAAGUGGCUUUUUGCAAAAAAAAUUAUUGUAGGCUGACCAAGAUACUGAUGAGGUCUAUGCUAAGAUCACUUUGACACCUGAAGCACCAGAUGUAAGAAGUUAUGAAGAACCUCUCUUCUUUCUUGAAAAUAUUAUGUUGUAGCUAAGUUGUCGGACUCUCCAAAAAUAUUGCCGCACCCGCAUCGGAUCCUCACAAAAUGCACCAUUUUUGGAAGAUCCGGCACAAUUAGUUGACAUAUUUGAAGAGUUAGCGCAACAUAGUGUUGUAGUAUUCACUUGCUUUUAUACAUUUAGGUGAUUGACUUAGCUGUAGUUUAUCUGUUCAUCUAAUUUAGCAAGCCGAGCUGACUAGUCAAUAUACAAGACUUCUUGAGCCUCCUAGGCCUAAAGUUCAUUCCUUCCGCAAGGUUUUGACUGACUUUGAUAUGAUCAUUCAUCCUGAACUUUCUCUUUUCUUGGUAAUAUUAGCUUAUCCCUUUCGUAUCGGCUACAGCCUAUACCCUUUUUGACAAAUUGAUGCAUUAAUUAUCUUGCUGUUAUGCUUUGUCAGGGUAUGAACCAGGAGACGUCAACACAGGAACUCAUCGCAAAAGACCUUCAUGGAAUUGAGUGGCACUUUAAACAUAUAGCCAAAGAUAAUUUUUUGUGUCAAAGGCGAUGCGCUUAAGCCCUGAAGCGAGGCGAAAAAACAUGUUGAGCGCUUCGCCUCGCUUUAUGGGUGCGUCAGUGUCGUCAUCAAAGCUCUAAGGCAUACUUUUUCUUGCCAAUGAGCGUAAUACUGAAGAUGUGACACUAAACAAUUGAUUUUCACUUUAUCGUAAGUUUUUUCAGUUUCUUUGUCCAUAGAUUUCUGUUCAUGCUUAUGAAUAUUAAUGUUGGACUACAUAUACAUAUUUGUAUUUUUUUUUUCUCCUCCAUUUGCGCUUAAACCCCCAAAAGACCUUACAGCUUUUUUUGUGGCUUUCACUUUUGAUAACACUGUUCUGUUUGCAGUGAUAAUAGAAUAUGUUUUUUUUUUUCAGUUUGUGUCAGCCUGCAAUGAGAAAACAGCAAUGAAAGCUUUACCAUUUUUAAUUAUAAUAGCUAAAAUUUCACUCUUGGUUGCUUUAAUAAACAGGCCAAUGUUGGAUGCAUUUCCUAACUACACAGUGGAGUACCUUUGUUGGUUCCAAGAGAUUAGUUGCCGAGGAUUCUUUUGUAUUCUUGAGGUAUCAAUCUCUGAUCCUGGUUUCGUGUAUGGUUAUGAUAUCCGAUUGUGUAAAUUUUCAUGACUAUUGCAUGACAUAUCUCUGGAAUAGCUGGUGUACAUUUGCUCAUUAGUUGGAUUUAAAAUAUAUGCACGUGUGUGAGGGGGGACCAGGUAGGGGCAAGGGGGUUCAUCAAAAAAAAAAAAAAAUCAAAUCUUGGCAUGUAUAUAUAGCAGAUGAAUCUCUGUGGCUUCUUCAUGUGUUUACUUCUUCAUAGUUUGAACUCUCUUAGCGAAUAUCCUGGCUCACGUGAAGUGUAAUGAUUUAUCUUACACUAUCAGUGUCUUUUUACUUGCUAUAGGUAGGUUAAUUGUCUUUUUCGCUUAGUUAAUACUAAUGUUUAUCGAAACGAUUUACCUGUAAUUACCAAAUAACAAAUGAUCUGAUAGUGUAAUUAUUUUUCCACCGUCAAUGAACUAAAAACACAUUUAUUAUAACUGUAUUGUGUGCUAAGUUACUCGGACUCUCGUAAAAUGUCAGUCGGAUGCAUGUCGGAUCCUUCAAAACUAGUGCAUUUUUGGAGGAUCCGACACGGGUGCGGCAACACUUUAGUCCGAAUAACUUACAUUGUGUGGGUAUUUUGCCUUAAGGGUUGAGAAUGGAGAACUACUAGUUAGGGUCAGGCGGGUUGCUCUUCCGCAGGUCCCAUUUCCAUCACCGCUGAAACUGAAAUCAUGUGUGAAUGAGCACCGAGGGGUCCUAGCUGCUGCAUCUAAUGCUGUUACAACCCAUAAGCAGCCAGUUCAUCAUAGGCCUUGACAAAUACUUAGAGGCUGUAAAACAUGGAUAUUUGGUUGGCAUGCGAAUUAAGAUGAGGUUUGAGGGGGAAGAGAAUUCCGAGAGAAGAUCUACUGGCACUAUAUUCAGGAUUUCAGAUUCUUCAUCGUAUUGGAAAGAUUCGCCAUGGCAAUCAUUGAUGGUUCAAUGGGAUGAGCCUGCAUCCAAGUUAAGGAUCAACAGAGUUUCUCCAUGGGAAAUUGAACCUUUUUAUCCCGUUGUCCAGCAAAUUGCAAUGAAGAAUAGAAGGCAUCGACCACAUGGUGAAACCAAAAUUUCAGGUUCAAAUGGAAGGGGUAGAUGUGUGUCGAGCAGUAGAUUUAACCGCACUGAAAGGAUAUGAUGAGCUUAUAAAGGAACUUGAGAAGAUGUUCAAAAUCCAAAUACAAAAUAAAUGGAAAAUCGUGUUUACAAAUGAUGAAGGGGAUAUGAUGCUUCUGGGUGAUUAUCCAUGGAUAGAGUUUUGCAACAUGGUGAGGAGGAUUUCAUUCGUUCUAGUCAAGAUAUGUGAAGUUCAAGAACAUUCGAUUGUAUAUUUUUGGGUGAUGAAAGAUAUUAUUGUAAAUUAACAAACAACAUUACAACAUAGAGAUGGACCAAUAGUUCUUGCGUAGCAGAAUUAUAAGGUCGAUGAUGGUUAGGCUAGGAGGCUGCUCCUUAGAUAUAUAUCCGGAGUAGAAUGGGGUGAAGGACCUUCUCGCGAAGUAAGGAGCGAGAAAACAAUUUUUUGAUCAUUUUGGUUAUAUGACAGUUCCUUCUGUAUUUGCUAUAGAAGCUUUAAUAGACUAAUAGUUCUUGCGUAGAAGGUCAUUGAUACAUAGCUAUUGGGAGCAGAGCAGUGACAGACCUACGCAACUUUGUGAUCAUUUUGUUUAUAUGGAAGUUCCUCUUGUGUUUGCUAUGGAAGCUUUAAUAGCAAACAGUAUUACUUUUGCUAUACAAUUAUCGGAUAGCCCCCCAAGUGGAUGUUUGCUAAGUUGAAUCAUUAUGUCAUCUCUUUG